GGAAGCUCAGGGAGUGGAUGGGGAAUUCAGAGCUGAAUUGCUGCAGGUAAAAGGAGACGGAGACAGCGAGUCAGUCGGUUACUUCUCGCCACACCUCCCCAUACUACGGUGAUAUCUACACAGCGCUGCACUCUGCCACUACCUGCUCUCCACACCUCCACAUCAUUCACCUGACACACAAGACAACUGUGCAGGAACUGGAACUACCGAUUGAGUGAUUCACGUAUCUUGAAGUCGGUCACGGUGUUUGUUGCGGGAAUGGUGUGCAAAUAUGCACAUGACAACGCUCAGAGCGCUAUACCGGCAAAUUCAACGAAGUAGAGAAACCAUGAGGCUGGUGAUGCUGCUGCUGGUGCUGGAGCUGGUGUUGGCUGGGGAGAAUUUUGAAUCCUUUCGUAGAACCCCAGCGUCACAUCGAAUAUUUUACAUCUUGCCUAUCCCGUCGUACUUUAUGAGGGCAAAGACAGCACAAGAGAUCAUGAUGAUGAAGAAUGGUCGCCAUAACAUGCCACUUCUUGGAUUGGGAGGGCGAAGACCGACAAUGGCCAGCACACACCCCACGAGUCUUGUUCCGAGUAGACUCCCAACUACUGUACCCUAUUUGCCACCUCAGGACCAAACCAACAGCCCUUCGCAUCAUGGUCAAAGAUUACCAUCCUCCGACACAGGACAUGGUCAAAGCCACUCAGUCUUUAACCAAGGCCACAAUCUCUCAGGCUUUCAUGGAGGUUUUAAACGCCCAUCUUUAAGUGAUAACGCCUUUUUAGACUCCAAACCCGGUGUUUCUGAUCACGAAGACAAACGUACGGGUUUUGUCAAAGGGUUCAAAACACCAAGCUUUAGUCACAGCCCUUUUUCCAGCUCUCAAGACCACAAACCCUCCUCUGAAGAAGGCAACAAUCAUUCAAACUCUGAUGAAAACCGCAAGUCUUCAAGCUUUGAUGAGGGCAAGAUAACUCAGCUGUUUGACAAACUUGCUCCUCAUCCUGACAGGAAUCCUGUGUGUAAUGUACUGCCAGACCCAGGGACAUGCAGAGCCGCACUUCCAAGAUACUACUUGGAUCCCGAGACUGGCACGUGUAACUGUUAUCUAUACGGCGGCUGCACAGAGGACGGUGCCGGGGAGAGUCCAGGCAGCUUUUUUACGCUGGAGGAGUGUCAGAACGUGUGUCAUCCUCCGAAUAUGGAGGAGGGACCCGUUUGUAAGGGCAUUUUCAAGGAGGACGAUUUCGUGUCAUUCCUCGUCGAGCCGCUGUCCACCAAGAACACUAAGACUGACCACUUAAAUGAUGAAGAGCUUUUGUCGUCAUUUUCCAAAUAGUGUCAAGUGUGGAAGAGGUGGUAGCGUCGAAAUUGUUUUGGACCCGUGGCAAGGUGACGCUGACGCACGGGUGAAGGGUGUGCAUAACCAAGUGACGCCAAGGAUACCAUGAAGAGAUCCUUAGGAAAAGUGAGCAUAAACCUGAGUGGCGUCUCAUUUGUCCUUGUGGCAGCAUCCAAACUCUGCAACAGUGAAUCAAAAGUGAUUGAUUCCUUGCUAUUUUUAUACUAUUUUCGUAUCGACACGUGCCUAGUGCAUACCACGUACCUACUUACGUAAUAUGUAGGUCUACCAAGAUUUAUUUUUGUGGUGUGAGCAGUUGAAGAUGAAUGAAAUGCUACUCAACGUUACAUCACGGCAGCCUUAAUUUAUGUUUCCCUUAUGUAUACAAUAAUAUUCCGACGAUGCGUUUUGGUGCUACUAUGAUGGAGUGAAGAAUAGUUAUGAUUUUGGAAAGGUGAACAUGAUUACAAAUAUUUUCAACAUCAGCUCAAAGGUGUUAGAUUAUUGAAACCAGGUAGCUAUACUAAUUAGUGAGACAUGAUACAUAGUGGACGCAAGACCACUAAUAUAGGCUGUGCUUCUGCAGCGAAAAAGCAUGAAAGUUUAUAAAUAAUGAUAAACUUAUGUGUUGCU